UAGAAAGAAAAACUUCCUUGAGAAAUAUGUCAGCCUGCAGCAAAAUCAGUCACGUUGUUAGGCUCCGUCAAAUGCUACAAUGCUGGAGGAAGAAGGCCGCCACCACGGCCAGUCGCCGCGUCCCCACUGACGUGCCAUCGGGUCACAUAGUGGUCCGGGUGGGCCCCAGUUGCAAGAGAUUUGUAGUACGUGCCACUUACUUGAACCAUCCUAUGUUCAAGAAAUUGUUGUCACAAGCAGAGGAAGAGUACGGUUUUACUAACAAUGGUCCUUUGGCUAUUCCUUGUGAUGAGUAUUUGUUUGAAGAGUUACUUCGUCGUUUGGCUCGAUCCGACUCCACUAACAACAAUUCUUCAUUGUUCGUGCACUUUGAAGAUUUUCAGAAAUAUUGUCGCAUAGAUGUUCGAAGUAAUCUUGACUUGUGGGGCGAUUCCAGACCCCUUUUGCAUAGUGUAUCGGAUAAGUUCAUAUGUUAAUUCACGAGAGCGACAAACCAAGAUUUAAGUCAGUGGAUAAAUUAUAUACCUGUUUUGACAAUGUACAAUUUUAGUAUAGAUAGAAAAAAAUAUUCUCAAUUAUAUAUACUCGGUUCGAGUCGGAUUUGAUUUGUCCGGACCUACAACUUAAAUAUUGUUCUGAGAAUGUGACUGGAGAUGGCAAGAAAGUAGGCGAGUUGAUUCGCCACAAUUAAAGUCGUCCCAGGUUUUGAACAAGAAUGAAAUACAAGAACAGAGAAACAAGUACACACCUAUAGAAACAGAGGAAAGAGACAAGCAAUGAUUAACGUUGUACAUUUCUUCUGCUUAAAUUUUUCUUCCUAAAGAUCAAUUUUUUGAUGAUAUGACUAAUGGAAAAAUAUAGAGUAAUUAAUUAGAAGCAUGUUUGUCCAUUAUCUGUUAUACACCAUAUACAUGGUUUUGAG